UCAACUGUCAGUGCGACAUUGGUUGGCUGACUAUUUUGUUGUAGGAGUAUGGUGUUUGUAAUGCCAUCUGUAUGCGACACGAGUUGAGAAGCUUGGCAAAAGGAUUUUGCAAGUUGGCAAAUAAGUGGGUACUAGCCGUCGUAAAUAUUCUACUAAACCGACAGAAUGGGCGGCGGGGAUUUGAAUCUGAAGAAGAGCUGGCACCCUCAGACCCUGAAGAAUGUGGAGCGGGUGUGGAAAGCUGAGCAGAAACAUGAAGCAGAAAAGAAGAAAAUUGAGGAGCUGCAGCGGGAGCUGCGGGAAGAACGGGCAAGAGAGGAGAUCCAGCGAUUUGCAGAAGACGCUGGAGCAGUGAAGAAAAAAGAAGAAAGAUUGGACUGGAUGUACCAAGGUCCAGCUGGUUCGAUAAAUCGUGAAGAAUACCUUUUGGGACGUCCCAUUGAUAAGUAUGUGCUGGGGAAACAGGAGGAAGAUGCAGGACCAUCUGCUGAAACUGGCUUACUGCCAGGCUCCAUUUUCUCUGCCACAGGGGCUAUUUCUGCACUUGAUAUGGCAGCCAAGAUACGGGAAGACCCCCUCUUUGCUAUAAGAAAAAGGGAAGAGGAAAAAAAGAAAGAAGUUCUGAACAACCCUGUUAAAAUGAAGAAGAUUAGAGAAUUUCUGGAAUACAACCUGAACAAGAAAGAGAAAAAGAGAAAGAAGGAGAAGAAGAAAAAACACAAGAAAUCCCGCCAUCACAGUUCAAGCACUGAGGAGUCUAGUAGCGGAGAUGAGCGAUGUCGAGAAAAGUCCCACAAGAAAAGGGAAAGUCCUCCUGCCACAUCAGUCAUCCAAAGGCACGCUGGGUAUGGAUUACAGGUUCGAAAUUCUGAAAGUAGCAAACAGCAGCAUUAUAUGCCUUCCAAGCAGGAGACUGCACCUGUUAAAUACAAGGCUCAUUCCCGCUCACCUCUGAAGCAUUCUAGUAAGAAUUCCCGUCAUUCAGAUUCUCGUGCUUCAAGAAGCAGGUCAUCAUCACCAUCCCCUUCUCGAUACAAGAAACAUGAACGAGCUGACAAGAGAGAAGAAAUUAAGAGGAGUCCAUCUCCAAAACAAGUUUUCAAGAGGCGACCUAACGCAAGCUAUACAAAGAAAAUGACACAGGAGGAACUUGAACAGAAACGACGUGAGAUGAUGGAAAAUGCCAAGCAGCGUGAGGAGGAAAGGUCAGAGAAUGUUAGAAGGUACAAAAGAGAAGAAGAAAGGGAAAAGGAGAUUGAGAAACAUGAGACCAAAGAAGGGAAGUUCCUUCACAAACUGAAAUUAGAGAGUGCAGCUUCAUCCUGUGUAGAAGACAGAGUCAAACGAAACAUUCACUCUAUUCAGAGGACCAAUGCUGACAUGGAGAAGUUUAUGAAGCGAUGAAGGACCACAAUACCACCUGCUGAUUCUUCCCACAUUGCACCUUGCUGAAAAGGUUGUUUGAAACUCAGGGGUAUAUAACCCUUUACAUCCUUGAACAGUUGUUGCUUAGAUCUUACCAGACACCUCUAAUGCAUUAAAACACUGUAAUUUCUUAUAGAGUUACGGACUACUUCAUGCCUUUGAGCUUUUAUUCUUUGUAGGUGUUGCUGUUUGGUAUUAGGAGACUCGUACGUAGCCUGUGCCUCUGGAUCUUCUUUCAUAUGUUUACCAGCAGUGGGUAAAUUGGCAGGACCACGUGGAUGCUGGGAUAAUUUGCUGAAAGUGUGUGCAUUUGUCUGUUAGUGAGUAUUGGUUACUCUGAGUUAGCAGUGAGUGGAAAUUUGUGUUUUUGUCAAAGUCCAGAGAUAAAUAUUACCUCCACUUUUCAGAGGUGGUCCGUGCUGAUUCCAAAUGACAACAUAUCAACUCAGGGGUUUUCUCCAGCUGGACUGCAAAAUUCAUGUUAUGGUGUUUGUCUAUGCUUUGGUCAAGAUACAAACCAGGAAAUGUUUAAAAAAAAAUCCAGAAUAUUCAUGAGCGCAAUAAUGAUGUAGAUAUUUCUUGAAGAAACUUCAUGUCAUAAAGUAUCAAAAAUGAAUUAAUGAGAUUUCUGGGAAGAGUGGAACGUGUCAUGUAUUUAUACAUCCAUAUAUGUAUCAUAGUUGCUAUCUCGGUAUGUGGAUAGGUUCAUCAAAUUGUUUUUAGUCAUCCCCUAAACCCAAAAAGCACAGUUAAGCAAAGUUGCGUGCAAAUAACAUUGCAUUCACUUGAGUACAGUGCAUACAGGGCAUUUAGAAUUCAAACUGGAGAGUACAGUAUGGUCACUCAUGUAGCAGGGGCAAGCACUAAAAUGUACAGUAUGCACAGAAGAUUUAUUAUUUUAAAAUUAAUAGCUUUAACAAGUUAUACUCCAGAAAGUUCAAUGAAAAUUGUUAUCUAGAUAUUUACUGAGUUCCUAACAGAGAACCAUACAAUAGGUGUAUUAACUUAAUGAGGCAGUUAAGGUUACCCGUACCCAUCAGAGGACAUCAAAGAUAGGUGUGAGAUAUUAAUAUGCAAGGGCUACUGAUGAGACUCAGAGCAGGUUAGGUGCUGUUAAAAAAAAAUGGCAACUUCGGAUUCGAUGGGACUCAGAACAGGUCAGGUUCUGUUAAAAAAUGGCAACUUGGGAUCCUUAUAAAGUGAAACUUUACUGUGAUCCAUUGCUUCAGAACUUUCAGGGAUUAUUUAUUGUUAAGAACACAGUUGCAUUGUAUGACUUUUUUUAAAGAAAUUAGCAACCUUUGACCCAAAUCCCCUAAAGUUCUCCAUAUUUUUUUGAGGAGGGCCCCACCCUUCCCAGUCCUGUAGUAAUUCUCAUGCCUCCCUCUCAGACACCCUGAUGAUUCGUUUGUACGUUUCAGGGGCAGAGAGCUUGCUAACCCAUUUGUUCCCCCAGGAGAAUUGAGUGCCAAGAGUGGUGCUGUAAUUCCCUAAAGGGGUGUGGCUCCCCAGGAGAAUUGAGUGCCAAGAGUGGUGCUGUAAUUCCCUAAAGGAGUGUGGCUCCCCAGGAGAAUUGGGUGCUAAGAGUGGUGCUGUAAUUCCCUAAAGACUUGUUUUUUUUUGCUCUGAGUCUAAAUUCCUCAUCUUGGCUGCAGUAACUUUUGCAGUACCUAGACUUACAAGUGGCACAUACAUGCCCCCUUGCAUACAUCCCACCUGGUAACAGUUGCAUCACUUCAUGAAACUGUAGUUACCUGUGUCACCAAGGAAGGAGUCCAUGGCCACUACCUCUGCCCUAGAUGGAUGUGAGACUGUAUUUGCUGCUUUUUGCCCACCUUCACAACAAUGUCUGUUUAUUGAAUCUCGGUUACUGGUGUCAAAGUGGAGGCUUCUUUCUUUUUUUGCCAGUGCAACUGAUAGUUCUUCAAAUGUUAAGAUAAGUAGGAAGUUUGCUCUUAGUAAAUUGGAGCCACUUUGUUGAAAGGCUUCUCCCUAGUCGUUGUAAAUGUAGGCUUUCUGGGAGAUACCUGUUAGUUGGAAGGACACAUAUCCGCAAACAAAGUAUUUUUUCUUGAAAUGGAUAAUGGAGAAAGAAAAUCUGAGAUGUUUUUAUGUUGCUUUUUGAAAUUUAUUCCUACAUUUUAUUUUUAUGUAUGUAAAGAAAAAAUCUGGUUUAAGAAUCCACCUAUUUGUGCUUUCAGGUAGUGAUCUUUGUAUGUAUUAGUUUUCUUGUAACUGCUUACCCAGCACAGGAAUGCUUCACUUCUAAAUGAAGAGUUGAUAUUGUUGUGUGUACAGAGCUUCAGUGGUUUUAGCCUUUUAUAAUUCAUUUGUUAAUGGGAAAAAGCUGAGCAGUGUAAUUACAUACAGUUAAAUACACAUACAGUUAGACGUCGUGAUUUUAUAUGUUGCCUUAAAAAUGUACAGUACACCUGAAAGGGUAUAUAUAAACCAGUCUUUGUUUCCUUUUAACUUGAAUUUUGUCCAUCUUCUCAAGACUAGGUAGUUGGAAGUACUUCGUGUGCAUUUAUUCUGACUCUUGCUGAAGUAAUCAUUUGUACACUAAGACCUUAAUUCCAUGAUGCAUGUCAUCUCUGGAGUUUGUAUUGCAAGUUACUUAUAUUUUGAGUCACCUGGUCAUCACUUUGAGUACAGUAAUUGCAAAUUCAUUUGUCUUAGUUUGUAAUACCAAGAAGUACAUCUCCUAACAUUAGAGACAUGCUCUGAAUAAGGCUGUAGCUGGAUAUUUCACGGUUAGAUUUUGCCUAAAAAAAGACUUUCAGAACUAACAUAGUUUUGUGAAUGGAUAUAUUUAAAGACAUAGCUAUUUUAAAAUAUUUCAUGAGCAUCCUCACACAUCUUCAGAUAUUCUGAAGAACUCAUUCAGUUUCAAGAACAGUCUUCAGCUAUUGUUGGCAGUAUUUAGUUUUAUUUUGGGGUGGGGGUAGUUACAACGGUUGAAGCUGCAUGGUUUUGCAAAAUAUAACAUAACUUUUAUUUCCAGUGUACUGUUUGCAGAAUUUUAUGAAAAUGAGAUGUGUAUAUCCAUGGAAACUAUCUGCAGGAGGAAAUUUGCCCAUCCUGUAUGACUUCCUGCACUUUUUAGACAUCUACAGAAUGAAGCUGGACUCCUUCCCUAGACCAUAAGAUCAACCUAAUGGCCAGCAAAAAAAGGUAAUUUCAAGAGAAUAUAAGGCAUCCAGUUUGGGAUCCCCUUUGUUGAUUGCAGACUUUCUAAUUUUACUUGAAGUUAUGAUCGUUUGUCAUUGGAUUGUUAUGUGGAUUGGUGUUUAAGUUCCAUGGCAUCAGCAGGCAACCUUACUUAGGGUUAGACUUAGGAGUGUCUGUGGAUGACAGAUUAAGACUUGACACUUGCAGUGCAUUUUUGUCUGGAGGAGGACCACCAGGUCUCAACUUGGGAACAGUUUGUACAUUUAACAAGGAAACAUUAUUUUGCUAGGCCUUGUAUUUACAGUUCUUUCCUAAUCACAAGCAGUGUCUGCCCCUUCCCCACACCAAAUGAUCACAAAAAUAAAUAAAAGGAAUAUAUGCGCCACAAAAAAGAGAAGCUGAAGUCGGUGGCUGAUGAAUUGGUGGACAGGUAGUGAAAGAGUGCACUUACCCCACCAGUCCUACAGAGACCUAACAGCAGUGGAUCCAGAGAGGCAUUGCUUUGUCCACCCUUGACCCACUGCCAGUUUUAGCUGCUUUCCCCCACCCCACCAUCUUUAUCCCUUUGGAGGCAGAGAAUUAAUUCUACAGUGCUGUACAGGUCUCUUCUGAAAUAAGACUUCCAAGCACCAGUAACAGACAUCCAUCCUUUGCUGUCUUCACCUGUGUUAUUCAAAGAAAUAACCAAACAGGAUAGUCCUACCAUUUUAAAUGUUAUCCAGGUUUCCAGGCAAAUGAUUUAAUGUGGGGAAGUCUCUCCAGCUGUCUUUCCCUAAAGACCAGCAAGUGAGGGUCAGAUGCUUCUGUUGCUCAUCUGCCACAGCCUCAAUCACUUUUACUACUGGAAAUUUGCAGAGGAAUAUGUUAGCCAUGUAGCCUAGUCUCCCUUCAGGUGGCCCAGAGUUCUUUGUUGGUAGAAUCUUCCUCCUUAGAAAAGUAAGAAAUUCCCUAGACUCCUUGGACUUGAAUCUAGUUAAGGAGCAUCUGACAUAAUCAGCAGAAGACACAGAUCUCCUCACCUUGUGCUGCAGCACUUGUGAUGAAGAAGCAUACUUCUCAACCAUACGAAAUUCCUUGGUAUUUACCAGUUUUGAGGGCAAAAUAAUGGGGUGCCAAGAAUUCCCGAGUGGCCCCUUUAAUUCCUAAUUUUUUUUUUGUAUUACGACUUUAAAUUUAUGGCUGACAUCACCACGCAUCACCAGCCUACAGGGAUGUGUAUGAUGACAUCAGCUUCAUUAGACUCCGUAAGAUAUUUGGAGGAAUAUAGCAGUAAUGGCAGCACAAUUUUGCAGAGUCUGCCCAACACCCACCCACAUGUCACAGGUCAGGAUGAGAGAAAAAGUCAGUCUCCAGGUAAAAAAAAAAAAAAAAGUUAUCUUAACGGGGCCUGGCUUCUGCAGACAGUAGUUCCCGCAGCAGUGUGAUUCAUUAUGAACGAUCUACUAAAGGGAGUUUGGAAUUUUUAUUUUAUCUGUCAUUAGUUGGGAGUUUGUAUCUUAUCUGUCGCUAGUGUAUUCUUUUUGUUUCUGUCACUAGUGUAUUGUUUUUGUUAUUGCGCUAACGGCCCAGCUUGCAGAAUGUUAAGCAGACAGUGUGGUGGAAAUCAAGAGUAUGUAUGUUAAAGCCAAGCACUGAAAAGGUAAAAUGCCAUCAAACAAUAACAGGUGGGAUUUUGCACUUUUGAGCACCGCAGCAGAGAAGGUUGUGUGUACUUUCUAACCAGAAAGGAUGCUGACACUCUCAUCUCAGUUAUAACACAACAUGUAUUACUUGGAACAGCAAUCCUGUCAGAUGAAUGGGUUAGUGUAGGCUGCCAUGAGUUGAACUAUACUUAAGUGUGAAUUAAUUAAAAAUUAAUUAUAAAGUAAUCCCACUUUACCAUCUGUGUUUUGACUUUGUAAAUGUAAACUGCUUCUUGAACUAAAUCUUGUAGCAUAUUGCAAAUAUGCAUUUUUUAUAGCAUAUCCUUGUAUCAGUAAAUAUGUUUUGUUCAUUUCUUAUGUGAUCCUAUUCACCAGGGCUGUGCAUGCAAAAAGGUCCAUUGAGAUCAGUGCACUAACCUGUUAAACAAAUAUAAAUAACUAGUCUAUAGACUCUGUGGACUCUGAUCCUGGAGCAUGCACUAAUGCCAUAGAAACUGUGUGAUCUCGAGCAGAAUGACACCCGAGUGCAUUUGAGACCAAAAAUGUUUAUGUGGACAGUUGCUAUGGCCACAUUAGUGAAGCAGCAUUUGAAUGCAUCUUAUAUUGUGUGAGGGAUUACCAGGAAGAAAACACCGAAAAUGAGACAAGAGCAUUGUGCUGUAUGGGCAUUUGUGAAGUAUUGACUUUGUGAUUUGAUUAUUCUUGCAUUUUACACACCACUUAGUAAAUUAAUUUGAAGUUAAAAUAAGUAUUGGUUUGUAGUAGAUUUAUUGGUUCCUGUUGAAGUUCUACAUUCAGUAUCACUCAUGGCCUGUGAAUUUCUUUAUUUGUUGAAAAUGUAUUUAUGUACUUUGUCAUAGUAAAAGUGGCUUAAAUAUA